AGAUAACUUUUUUCCACUUUGAAAUAAUACCAAUUUUUUCACCUCUUUAGUCAUUCGCCUAUUCUAGAAACAUGUGUGAGAAUUUCGACAUGUUCGACAUGAAAGAUAUUAGUUACGAAGUUUAUAAGGUUGGUUCAAAUAUUAUGGAAGUUGACCUAGAAGAACUGAGGUUGAAGGUAUUCGAAGCCAACCAUCCUGUAAUAGAAAUACCAUUAAUUUUUCAAAAUUUUCCUGCUAUAGAUAAACCUCUAAAUCCUUUUCUAAACGUUCACGAUCACAUUAUGAUUAAAACAUGUUUAGAACCAAUUUUCCUCAAUAUAUUAUCCAAUUCGAAAUUUAGAGAAAAGAGAUUUUACAAUACACUUAAAGAACUGUACGAAAAUGAUAAUUCACUUAAUAAAUAUGUUACAAGGAGGAAAUUAGGAAGAUUUUGUACAGCUCAAGAAUAUUUCAUAAAAUAUAGAAUACUUAUGGCAAAAAAAUACUUUGAGGAAUCAUUUUUCGGUUGCGGAAAUUCUAAAAAUGUAUUUUUAGAAUACUUAACGGAAGAAAUAAAGAAUGAUAAGAAUUGGGAUAAAGUUGAAGAGAUACUAAUUCCAAUUGUUAAUCCAUAUACAACUUUGACAAAAUCCGUCAGAUUAAAUGGUAUUAACGCUAAACAAUAUUUCGCUAUUCAAUACCGAAUAAUGCAUAUUAUCACAAGACUUAUUGAAGAUUCUAAUCAACCAUUAGAAGAUAUUAUAAAUAUAGGAUUUUUUGAUAUUAAGUAUAAAGUUUGUUUCAAUACAACUGAAAUAGUUACAUCUAUUAUCGGUCAAUCUGAAAUAAAUCCAUUGGCAACCUAUAAUACUGUAUAUUUAGGUUCAUAUAACGAAAUUUCAAAGGCAUUUCAAACUACAGGAUAUCAUAAUAAUUACGAAACUAACUUGAUAAUGGAAAUGAUUAUUUUCAGUGCAACUGGAAUUCCCAUCGAUCCUGAAGAUAUUUUAAUAUCAAGUUAUCCUUGCAAAUAUACAGAAACAUUAAAUGAAAUAUCUUUUAUAGUUUUGUUUGAACAAAUCUCGAUAUGGCUUACAAAUUCUGACUUAAGUAAUGACUUACGUUUGCCUAUAGCUCAUGCAAAAUGUAUUCUUCUAUUGGAAACUGGUUAUCUACAACUAGAAGAAGUCUUUAAAAAGAAUUCACUCUACGGUAUUUUCUCUAAAGGUGACAUCAGAAAUAGGAAUGAUAGUAUUAAACGUACAAUAAAGAGGAUAGAAGAGGUUUUCUCUAAUAAAAUGGGUCAUAUUACCGACGAAGCAGUACUUGAAAGAGUUUACGGAUAA